UUUUUUUAAUCCAAAUCAUUAAAACACGAUCGACCGACCAAUUCUUUCAGCCAUGACCUCGACGGGCGUUUCGCUCCUCAAGUUUGUCGGCACCGUUUCGCUCGGCUUGCUGACGGGCGUCUCCUACUCCAUCUCGACCCUCGCCCUCCCCUCGCUCCUCCGACUCCCCUCCUCUUCCUCGGCUUCUCAGGGUCUCACCAUCCUUAACGAUGCUCUCAAGGCUCCCGUCCUAGCCCUCACCUCGCUCGCCUCGGCGCCCUUCCUCAUCAGCUUCUUCCUCGCCCCGCGCUCCGCCCGCCAUCCCUACCUUCUCUAUACGGCCCUCUUCGCCACCCUCUCCUCCGUCGCUCCCACCCUUCUCCCAUCCCCCGCGCCCCGACAAGUCGCUCCCGCAGCACCUCGCCAGUCGUCCCGCGCCAAGAUGGAAGCCAGCUACGAGGUCCUCGGCGACAGCCACAGCGAGCCCGCUAGUGAGGAGGACAUUGACGACGUCAACGGCGAGGAGGUGAGAGCCGAGGUUGAGACCCUUGCACGGAGCUACAUCGCUCGGACGGUGCUCUCUUCCCUGGGCUUCGUCAUGGCUGUUGUUGGUAUUUGGGGCGACGGCGCACCUCAGGCCGUUGUCUACGUGUCGUAAGAGGGCACAGAGGCACAUGACGACCUCUCUGUUAAUGACAUGAUUAAUUGAGGGACAAGAUGCAAUCACAUAGGCGUUCCACUAGUUUUAAAGCAUGAUAUCUAUCUCCCCAGUCGGUUGGGACCAUCUCCUGUCAAUCGCUCCAAAGGAUCGAGCAAAUAGUAUUAAAUCUAGCUAUGAAAGAAACAAAAGAUGUAUUUUCUAUCAACAGUUUAUCACGCAUUCGCA